AUGAAAGAUCCAUUAAUUAUUUCAUCAACAACAGGACCCGAUGAAGCACAUUAUUCAUUAAAGAAUAGAAAGAAUGAAGUUAUUGGCAAAACCAACUCUCCACCAUCAUCACCAAAGAAUAUUAUUCCACCAACUAAACAAACCAAAAAACAAUUAAGUCAAAAAACAAACUCCAAAACCACAGCCACCAAAAAAGAAUCGAUUGGAUUUUUAUCAGCCCGUUUCAAUAAUAACAAAACAUUUAUAAAUUGUGUUGGUGUAUUUAUGUUUGUUUAUUAUUUGUCAAUGAUGUAUGUCCGUUAUCAACAUAGAGGUAUUAUUGGUUUUGCAGAUACCCUUUGGUUGUGUAAUUUAGCUGUGGUUUGUGGUAUCCUUUCAAUUUUUUUCAAUAGACCUUAUCUUAUGGGUCUUGCCGUUAAUUCUACAUUUAUCGUCCAUUUAAUGUGGGUCAUCGAUGUAGUUGUUUAUUUUACAUCAGGUUCAUUCCCAUUAGGUAAUGCUGAAUAUAUCUCAUGGCCAAAUAUUACUUGGGGUGAAAUUAUUACUACUACUCAUCAUGCUUGGUUCAUUCCAUUAUCAAUGUGUUGUCUCCAUAGAAACGGUGGUUAUCCAAAGAAAUCUUGGAUCGGGGCUAUGUUAUUAAUCAUUCCAGUUACUUAUUUAUCUCAAUUAUUCCCAAAAACCAUUCAAAUAUCUGAAACAGAAACUUUUUAUUUAAAUAUUAAUAUGUCAUUAGAGUUUUGGAAAGAUAUGUCAGGUUACCCAUUCAAUUUAAUCCCAACCGAAAGAACACAAUAUUAUCAAUUUUUAUUCGUAAUGGCCUGUGUCAUGUUUACAGUUUCACAUAAUAUUAUGAAAUUUAUUGGCUUUAUUUCAAUUAAAAAGCAAUAA